AUGGAAACCGUUAUUCAUUCAUCAUCUGUCGUUCUUUUUGUGAUCGUUACAGUACUUUUAUCGAAGUGGUUCAAUAAUUUGUUGGAAUGGCAACUUCAAUAUGCUGAAGAACAGGAAUCUCUUCAAAUACUUCAGCUAUUUCCAGAGCGAAAGAUAGAUGAAUUAUGUAGCGAGGAAACUUUUUAUUGUUUCGUCAUUACCGACGCGUAUAAUAACGAAACAGGACGACCUUUGGCUUUUCGACGACUUCGUUUGAAGGGACCUGAUGGAGUCUUGAUUCUAUCAAAUGCCAGACUUCUCGUACCAAAACCAAUGAGUUACAAAAAUUUGGACACAAGAAAAUGGGAGCUGGAUAAAACAACUGUUCGUCUCACAUAUGCACGUAUGAUGAUAUCUGGAAUCUUUUUUUCUGAAGGAGUCGAAUAUAACUCACCUAAAGUCAGCAAUAUCCUUAUAUUCGGAUUAGGAGGAGGAGUUAUCAACAAUUAUUUGAGUGUAAUGCCUGGACAAAAGCUAAAUAUCACUGUUGUCGAUAUUGAUCCAGUGAUGAAAACUGUAGCCGAAAAAUGGUAUGGAUUCGUGGAAACCGACAUGCAUCGUAUACUGGUUGAGGAUGGAGUCAAAUUUAUUAAGAAAGAUCAAGAUGUAAAAUACGAUGCGAUUCUUGUCGAUUUAUGCAGUAAUGAAAGAGGACCCCUUCUCUGUCCAAUCGAAGCUUUUCUUAAGGAUGAUGUAAUAUCAAAUCUUAAUUAUAACCUUGUUGACACUGGAGUUCUCAUAGUUAACAUCAUUACACCGCCAGCACUUUUUGAGGCUGUAUCUCAAAGGGUUUUGAAACGAUACGAAGAGCACUUCACUUUCUGUGUGCUGCUCCCCUCUGGAGCUCAUGAUCGUAUGUUGUUCUGUUUCAAGUAUCAUCCAUGGAAUAACGACCCGAACAGAUUACAUCAAAAUGUGCUGAGAAUGGAUCAAGAGCUCGGAUUCCACCUUAAAGACGGAGGUGUUUAUGAAACGAGUGAUAAGGAAUAA